AUGGAUGAUUCAUUAUCCAUAAAAUCUAUUAAUUAAAAAAAUUAACAUCCCCUUAAAAAGCUCUCUUUGCAAACAUUUAAAAAAUCUAAAUAAAAUCUUAAUAUUGAUGAUAAAGAUGAUGAUGAUAAUAACUUAAGCAAUAAUAACAUCUCUUUUAUUCCUUUAAUAAAAGAAAAUAGCUUUUUAAUGGGGAAUAAUGAUGAAUAUAGUGAGCUCAAUAGCAAUAGAUAGAAUUUUGUUUAACGGUAAGAUGACUAACUUGACUUGAAAAAUGAUAAUUUAGAAUUUUAAUAAAUUAAUUUAAAAGAAGAUUAAAAAAAUAAUUUAGAUACAUAAAUGAUAUUAAAGGACUUAGAAUUAGCUCAGGAUCAUAAGGAAAAUAACUACCUUAAUGAUGAACUGAAGACAAAUUAUAAAUAAAUGGAAUCAGUUUCAGAAUUAAAUAAUUCAUUUAAUAUCUAAAAAAAAUUUGAUUCCUUGUAUGAAAAUAAUAAUUAGCCUUUGUAAGUAGAACAUUAAGAAGAUAAAAGAGAGUAAAACAAUGAUUUAGAGGAAAAUAAUAGAACUAAAAAACUUCAAAAGAAAAGAAAAAGACAUGAGGUCCUUUCUGAUCCUAAUUUUGAGGAUCUUACUAAGCUAGAUUUUGAAUUCAAUCAUUCUUAAUUAGAAUAGUCUACAAAUGAAAAAAAAAUAAAAUAAGAAGAAGAAAAUCCAAAUUAGAAUUAAAAUUUUGUAGCUUUUGAUUAUGAAAUGUUCUAGCGAUAGAAAGAGAUAAUUUAAUUGAUUACAAAGAAAAAUAUUUCGGUUAAAAAUAUAAAAAUUAAAAAAUUUGUUGAUUUUUGUAUUAGCUUUCUUCCCUUUGAAAUGGGAAAAAUAUAGUUGGAAGGAAAUAUUAAUUUACUUAGUGAUUUUAUGAAGGGAAAUUGCUAUUUUAAUAUUUAAUUACAGUGA